AUGUCUGCCAUCGAGACAAGGAAACGCAAGUCGCCAGACCCAGACCGCGACGCUCUCCACGAGGACCCAGUCACAACGCCUUCCAACGGUCCUGCUCACAAGAAACUGAAGAUUACUCAGCGUCAGAAACAGACGCUGAUUGAUAACUUGCAGUUAGAAAUCACAGAACGAGCUCGCCGAUUACGCGCCCAAUAUGCACUCCAGGCUCAGGAUCUUCGAUCAAGGAUUGAAAGGCGAGUAAAUCGCAUCCCUAUGGCCUUGCGUAAAACUCUUAUGGGAACAUUACUCGAUAAAUAUGCCACUGCCCCUCAACACCAAUCCCCGAAGAAGUCGGCUAUCCCUUCAAAGGCUCCGCGAAGUGCAAACGCGGCGAAAAUACCUAAAGAUGUUGAAUAUCUAACCCUCGCUGCGGCUAAGUCUCCAUCACCCCGUCGCCCGAAAAAGACAAGUGCCGGUGGCAGCUACUUGGAUAAAGAGAACGCACCAGUCCCUGACGCGCAAAUAACGCUCGAAAACCCAAAGAAGCGCGGUAAUCCAGCUGCAUCUAGCCAGCCUCGAUCCGUAUCCCAAGUCUUAAGAGACGCGGAGACCAAAGUUCUGUCACCCAAAUCAUCAAACUCCCGAACUUACAAGCAAUCGCCGCUCAUCACAUCUCCCACCAAGGGCUCAUAUCUGUCGCGGCCUACCUCGCCAUUAAAGCCUUCUAGUCCUCUCAAGGCCAUGAUCGAGGAUGCUCGCGCUCGCGCUACACGUCCUGAAUCAAAGAACGGGUCUCCAACGCCAAGUGUCCGGAGGACCAAAAUGACUACUCAACCCAAGAGAACCGCUGUAAAGGCAGCUAACCCAGUCGCUCCCAAGUCGCCAGCUGCUACGCGACAACACAAUCGGAAUAUGAGCAGCAGCACUACAUCAUCCAACCUGUCUUCCAGCACGAUGAUUGUCAAGCCUAAUAGAAGCACUCAGCGAGCUACUGCAACCGCGUCAAGUGCAGCUGCAAGGCGAACAGCAGUGGCCCGUAGUCAGGGUCCUACUGCAGCAGCAACGGCUAAGCGCGCAGCUGUUGCGGCAAAGAAGGAUACAACUGCUACUGGCAGGGUCCUCCGCAAACGCGCCCAAGUAUGA